GUCGACUUGUGAGUUACGAAGUUCCCGGCUAUCUCGUCCAACCAAGUUUUCAGUAUACUUACUAUGUUUUGCCGCUUACAGAUAUACGGUUUUGACGAUUCAAAAUUAUAAAAUCUUUAUGUGAGAAGGAAUUUCGGCAGCGCUCUGCUCAUCUAAAUCAAUCUAAUUUAGACAGUCAGCAACACAAACUGGAAGACAGAGACAGCAGAGGAAUAACUACUCUGGCGCCGAGAUACAGAUGACUCGCAAGACGCCGCCAUGUAGUACCGUUGAAUCUUAAGCCCCAUUAGCCGCCCUUCCUUCUCUGAAAUUUCCUUGUCGGAGACCAAGAGCCCUCGCAACACGUGAACAAAGAUAGGCGGGCAGGCAGCGAACCAAAGCAGACAAUGGAGCAGCACCGCUAACUUAGCUAGACAUGCCUCUCUUGCUAAGCCCCCACCACCAGCUGCUGCUGCUGUUUCUCCUCUUAGCUGCCGCCUCCCAUGGCGUUGCUUCCGGUGCCACCUACGACUCCUCCAUGUGCCUGUCUGAACCAUUCACCUGCGGAGCCGUGAGCUUCAGCUACCCCUUCUAUCGCUCUAGCGACAGAAAAGAUGUCGACGGCAACGAGAAUUCCUACUGCGGCUAUCCGGGCAUGGGGAUCGUCUGCGACAACGACAAGCCCAUGUUGCAGCUCGACGGCGUCGGCAACUACGCAGUGAAGAGCAUCGACGGCACGAGGGCAAACGUCUCCAUUGCCGAUCCGGAGGCCGUCGGCAGCUGCCCAAGAGUCGAUCACAACGUGACCUUCGGACCGGGCACAUGGCUGGAAUUCCCUAACACCACGGUCGACUACCUCGUCUUCUUCCUCAGCUGCUACUUCGGGGCUGGCCUCGUCAAACCGGCUACCCUCGAUCCGAUCACCUGCUCCGAAUUCGUCAGCGGUGUUCCUGGAGCGUCGUUCGUGUUUCCUAACGAGUCAGUUCCAGCUGCCGGGAACUGGUCGCAGGCGUGCCGCCAAGUCAUACUAGUUCCUGUGUUCAAAUACGGCCCGGUCGACCCAAGUAAUAGCACAUGGAGAAACACUGGAUACGGCGAUGUUCUUCGCCAGGGCUUCCAGGUGUCGUGGGACAACAGACCCGUCUCUUGUACGCAGUGCGAGGAAUCCAACGGACGGUGCGCCUACAAGCAAACAGGAGAAUUCCAUGGUUGCUUGUGCACCAACGGCCAAAUCGGCGCUAGGAGCUGCACUACCUAUAAUUCAACUGGACAGAAGAAGGACAGAAUAAAAAUAUAUACAAUAGCAGGCAUCUCAAGCAUCAUGCUUUGUCUGCUUUUGUUUGCAUUUUGGUUGGGCUAUAAGAAGUACGGACGCAAAAAGAAAUCAAAGGAAACAGCAAGAAUUGAGUCCUUCCUACAAAAGAAUGGAACCAUACAUCCAAAAAGAUACACUUAUGCACAAGUGAAAAGAAUGACGUCAUCUUUUGCUGAAAAGCUAGGUCAAGGUGGAUUUGGUGCUGUUUACAGAGGCAGCUUCUCUGAUGGCCGUCAGAUAGCAGUGAAGAUGCUGAAGGACUACAAGACUGAUGGGGAGGAUUUCAUCAAUGAGGUGGCUAGCAUUAGUAGAACUUCUCAUGUUAACAUCGUUACUCUCAUAGGAUUUUGCUUGGAAGGAUCCAAAAGGGCACUAAUUUAUGACUAUAUGCCUAAUGGUUCACUUGAAAGGUAUGCUUUCAAAGAUAACUCUCAAGGUGGAAAUACUUUAGGUUGGGAGAAAUUAUUUGAUAUAGCAGUUGGCAUUGCUCGAGGACUUGAGUAUCUCCACCGAGGAUGCAAUACUCGGAUCGUACAUUUUGAUAUCAAACCCCACAACAUUCUGUUGGAUCAAGAUUUCUGUCCUAAGAUCUCUGACUUUGGAUUGGCCAAGCUGUGCCUCAAUAAGGAAAGUGCUAUUUCCAUUGGUGGUGCAAGAGGAACAAUUGGCUACAUUGCCCCUGAGGUUUAUUCAAAGCAAUUUGGAGUAGUGAGUAGCAAAUCUGAUGUCUACAGUUAUGGAAUGAUGGUUCUUGAGAUGGUUGGGGCAAGGGAUAAGAAUAUUAGUGCAAACUGUGAAUCUAGCAGUCAAUAUUUCCCACAAUGGAUUUAUGAACAUUUAGAUGAAUAUUGUGUUAGUGCUUCUGAAAUUAAUGGUGAGAUCACAGAGACUGUAAGGAAGAUGAUAGUGGUUGGUCUGUGGUGCAUACAGUUAAGUGCUACUGACCGUCCAACAAUGACUAGAGUCGUCGAGAUGCUAGAAGGGAGCACAAGUGUCCUUGAAUUGCCACCAAAGGUGCUGUUUAGUUGAUAAUCAUCAUCAAUCAAUAUGUUAAUAUAGAUUCUGAGCACUUGCUCCAAUAAUGCACCAUUGUAAGCAGCUGAAAAUUUGAAGACUUCCACAUAAUGUUGUAAUUUGGGUGCAAGUCUCCUACCAAAUUGUGCAACUAUACCAGAGAGUCAUUAUUGUACUAUCUAAUAUUUUAUUUGCCA